CGCCAAGACAGCCAAGAAAGAAAUUCAAUUGUUUUCGAAUCCGGAAAGCCACUACCCUCCAGAGGGAACCCAGAAAAUGCCAUGGCAAGAUGAGUUUAGUAGAAACACCAGCCAAACCACUAUGUAGCCACACGCCACGUCAACGUACAAUAUACCUUGAACUGCUGGCACCAGAGAUACUAAUUCAUAAUAGGUAAGAACAGGUUCAGCAUGUCCGAAUUUCGUAUAGCCGAUUUGCAGGAAGUUAUAAAACUCCAACCUGAACGACCGUAGCUACAGUUCAUUUCAAAAGCCCAAGGGCAGCCAAGAUGUUAGGUUUUCUUGUUGGUCUUCAAAUCGUCGGCCUCGUCGUGGCGUCCUCCUCGGACCUUUCUGACAAAUGUUAUUUCGUCCCUCUCCCUUCCAUACCACCCUCCACUGCCAACCGUACUGUACCAUGGGGCGAACCAACAAUACAUUACGCAAAUGGCACAACAUGUUGUUCUUCGCUGGAUGAAAUACGAGAGAAUUUGGACACCAUUGAUGCACAGCUAGUGAAACUAUUGUCAACAAGAGCCUCGUACGUCAGAGAAGCAACCCGCUUCAAGUCCACACUCGCAGAUGUCAAUGACCCGUCUCGGAAUCAGCAGGUGAUACAGGGUGCUGUUGAUGCUGCUCCAUCGGUCCAUUUGCCGCAGAUUGUCGCCGAGAUAGUGUAUGAGGGCAUCAUAAAUUCCAGUGUACUCUUUGAGGAAUGCAUAGUGAGCACUACCCCUAUUUCAGAAGUUAUCUGUUCCUGAUACUUCAAAAAGUUCAACACCCACGAUUGUCCCAAGAGUGUCGCACAAACAUUGCUCAAGUCAGCGGACUAGAGCG